AUGAAGACUCUGUGGUUUGCUUUGUAUUUGACUUUUCUGUCCUCUGGAAGAAUAGCUCAGACAGCUGAUCUGAAAUCAUCCAUAUAUGAGCUUGAAGAGGGUGGUUUUGUUUCAGCAAAUGUUGGUGACAGCGUGAGUUUGCAAUGUUUUUGUACAUGGACAGUUCUGACAAAGUAUUACUGGUUUAAACAAACUCUGGGACAGAAACCAAGGCUCAUCUCUACUCACUACAAAUAUUACAAAAAUGUGAUUUUUCAUGAUGAAUUUGAAAACAAUCCACGCUUCACAUUGGAUACAGAAACUGGUCACAAUCACUUGAAGAUUACAGAUCUACAAAUUUCAGAUUCUGCUACUUAUUACUGCACAAGUAGCUAUUUAUACAGGUUUGAGUUUACAGAGGGCAUUAUUGUGAGUGUAAAGGGUUCAGGUGUGAACAUCCCAGCUUUGGUCCAUCAGUCAGCAUCUGACACCAUCCAGCCAGGAGGCUCUGAGACUCUGAAUUGUACAGUACACACUGGGACCUGUGAUGGAGAACACAGUGUUUACUGGUUCAAAAACUCUGAAGAACCUCAUCCAGGACUCAUUUACAUCCAUGGAGGCAGGAAUGAUCAGUGUGAGAGGAAACCCGACACACAAACACACACCUGUGUCUACAACUUGCCAAUGAAGAGCCUGAAUCUGUCUCAUGCUGGGAUCUACUACUGUGCUGUUGUCUCAUGUGGACACAUCGUGUUUGGAAACGGGACCAAGCUGGACUUUGAAGAUGUGGUGGAGUCGUUUGUCUUGGUGUAUGUCUUGAUUGGAGCUCUGGCAUUCACCACCAUCCUGGUUGUUUUGCUGGCGUAUGCAGCAUAUACAAUGAAGAACAGAAACAGCUGUCAGUGUACAGACUCAAGAUCUUCAGCUGCCUUGACUCCAAAUGCAGUGAGUUACCAAGAUGCAGACAACCUCCAUUAUGCUGCUUUAAGGACCAACACAGCCAACAGAUCAAAAAGACAGAAAGACGACACCUGGACUGAAUGUGUGUACUUCAGUGUUCGGCAGUAGAACUGCAGCAUGUUUCAUGUUGGGUCUGUGUUACUAGAAGUGGGCAUUUUGUCAGAUUUCAACUCCACGUACUGAAUGUAAAGAUUCAUGUUGCAAAGCACCAAUUAAACACGUUCCUUCAGCUACAGUUAAGCCAGGUUUCUUUGAUGUGAUGGAGGUGCCAUAUUUCCACUCUCACUGCACUGACAGUAGCUGACAAUGCUCCAACACACAGCCACACAUAACUGAUGCCUGUGGUGAUUGUGGCCUCAGGUCCUCUAUAGAGGAAAAUGAACAGAAAAACAAAGCCAGCACCCGCAACUAAAGUCAUGAGGGCCUUUUUUCUUUUACAAAGCAAACCGUCAUCAUUGACAGUCUGUACAUGUGUACAUGUGUAGCGUUUCCCCCUCCACACAACCCACGCCAUUUGGUUGUUGUUUGUGGCUACUUAGUAAAUCGAAAGCAGAUCAAACCCUCAGCAGCACUCUCUCAGAGUCAGUGGGACACAAUCGGUGUGGCUUUGCAAACGUCAAACGAGUUUAGGCUGUUCAGAAACAUCCAGAAGCAUCAAGGUGUGAUGUUGCAUGAAGCUCAAGCUAAUCUGUCUGAUCGCUUGUGCCCGACCCAAGUGUGUUAAUAAUGCAUGAGGCUCUUCACAGGCUGUUUACUGUAAAUAUGCUCAUUGUACAUCACAAACACAAAUGACUAAAGUUUAGCUCUCAAUACACUUUGGUCAUGUACUUUUCGAGGCAACUCCUCUUUCUUUGUCUUGGUGGUUUCAAACAGGAAGUCGCUGCAGUGUUUUCAUGCACAGUAGUCACACAGCAUAACUCUAAUGCCCAGACUGUUUUAAUAUGAUCAAAGAAAUCAUUUGAACAAUCAAAAUGAUAUAUUCAUUUACAAACAUUUAGCGAUGCUCAGUCACAGAUUUAAUGCUAUGAUUGCUUGAAGUUCAAUCUGCUCUUUGUGGAUCUCUUCUCUCUUCAGCUCAGACAGCUGAUCUGAAAUCAUCCAUAUAUGAGCUUCAAGAGGGUGGUUUUGUUACAGCAAAUGUUGGUGACAGCAUGACUUUGCAGUGUUUCUGUGAAGGUGAUGUUCUAGCAAUGUAUUACUGGUACAAACAAACUCUGGGACAGAAACCAAGGCGCAUCUCUACUUACUACAAAAAUCAAAAAACAUGUUAUUUUCAUGAUGAAUUUGAAAUCAAUCCAAACUUCACAUUGGACACUGAAACUGGUCACAAUCACUUGAACAUUACAGAUCUGCAAAUUUCAGAUUUUGCUACUUAUUACUGUGCAAGUAGAUAUUCAUACAGCUUUGAAUUCACAGCAGGAUUUAUUGUGAACACAGGAUCAACAGAACGACAAGACGGAAGGAUGACACACAAAAUGAUGUGUGUAUUCAAGUGUGAGGCAGUAGGAGCUGCAAAUACUUCAACUGUUCUUUGUUUCUGUGGAAGAUGAAUAUGUCUAUCAAGCUGUACCAUAUCUUUUUUUUUAGUACUGCUGUCAGAUUUCACCACAAUAUACUGCAUGUAAA